CAACAGUUUCGGUCUGUGGAUUUAAGGUUAUGUUCUUAGGUUAUGUUUUUAGGUUAUGUUUUGUUUGAUUUUCGGUGGCUAAACGUAUUAUAGUGUUUGGAACUUGUGAGAGGAAGAAUAUUCUUGUUCUGAAAGAAUUUAGUCAUGGAGACUAUAUUGGAACAGCAAAGGCGAUACCAUGAAGAAAAAGAAAGGUUAAUUGAUGCUAUGGUCAAAGAAAUGUUGCACAAGAAAAAUUCUUACAGAGAAACCAUAAAUUCAGAUCAAAGGCAAAAAUAUUUGCUUGAUCGUUAUAUGAAUGGAACGGAAAAGUUGAUAGAGUUGUAUGAAGAUAAAGAUGGUCAACGAAAAGCUGAAGUUGCAGCUUUGACUGGACCCAAUGAGUUUAAUGAAUUUUAUAAUCGUUUAAAACAGAUAAAGGAUUUUUACAGAAAGCAUCCAAAUGAGAUAAGUGUACCAAUGUCAGUUGAGUUUGAUGAAUUUGCUAAAGCUAGAGAAAAUCCCUCUGAAGAAAUGUCCAACUUGGUUGAGUUUACUGAUGAGGAAGGUUAUGGAAAAUUUUUGGAUUUACAUGAAUGUUAUGAGAAAUUUAUAAAUCUUAAAGGAAUUGAUAAAGUGGACUAUAUUAGUUAUUUAUCCACAUUUGAUCAGCUUUAUGAAAUUCCAAAGGAAAGAAAAUCUGGUGAAUAUAGAAAAUAUCUAUUAACUUUAAUUGAAUACUUGAGCUGGUUUGUGCAAAGAAUAAGACCUUUGAUGGACUUGGACAAAGACUUACAAGAAGAAGCCGACAGUAUUAUAAAUAUUUGGGAGAGCGGUACUGUUCCAGGAUGGCCAAAAGAGACUGGUUCAGCAUUGGCAAAUGUUGGUGCACAUUUGGAUCUUUCAGCAUUUUCAAGUUGGGAGGAAUUGGCUUCUUUGGGUCUGGAUCGUUUGAAGUCGGCUUUAUUGGCUUUAGGGUUAAAAUGUGGAGGAACCUUGGAGGAGAGGGCACAAAGAUUGUUUUCAACAAAGGGAAAAGGUUCUUUGGAUCCAUCAUUGAUGACUAAAAAUAAUAAGGGAAAAGCCAAUAAGGAAAAAGAACAACUGAGACAUAGGGACCUUGCUAUGUUGGAAGCUCAGAUUUAUAGACUGGCCGAUUUAGUGUCCACUCAAAGGGGAGCAACAAAAGAAAAUGUUCAAAGGAAACAAGCCAGAACUGACGGAGAAAGAAACGACAGUGAAAAUGAGGAAAGUGAAGAGGAUAGUCCCGAUGAAGGUGACGAUGAUGUCCCAUAUAACCCCAAAAAUUUGCCAUUGGGGUGGGAUGGAAAACCUAUUCCUUAUUGGCUGUAUAAAUUGCAUGGUUUAAAUAUCAGCUACAACUGCGAAAUUUGUGGUAAUUUUGUUUAUAAGGGUCCUAAAGCUUUUCAACGGCAUUUCGCGGAAUGGAGACAUGCUCAUGGUAUGAGGUGUCUUGGUAUUCCAAACACGGCUCAUUUUGCCAAUGUUACGCAAAUUGAGGAUGCUAUUGCUUUGUGGGAAAAAUUGAAAGUACAGAAGCAAAAUGAACGCUGGCAACCAGAAACCGAGGAAGAAUAUGAAGAUUCUCAAGGAAACGUGGUAAACAGAAAAACAUAUGAAGAUCUUAAAAGACAAGGAUUGCUAUAAAUUAGGGUCAUGUUUGUAUUUUAAGAAUGUGUUUGUGUUAAUUUAACUAUUUUAUAUUAAUAAAUACAUCCAGUCAGAGUAAUUAACAGUAAAAAGUAUAAGUUAUUUAUUUAUCUUCCACAACCACCUCCACCACAAGCACUUCUUCUUGGAGGCCUGUAGUUGGAUGAACUCCCUGCACCCAUUAAUGGGUUGUAAUCUGAUUUUAACGUAGACUUGGUAGUUUCAAAUUUAUCAUUAUCUGAAGCACCUAAUCUUUGACCAUCCUUAUUAAAGGCAGCUAAUAAUUCUUCACGUUUUUUAGCUUCUUUCUCUUCUUGCUUUCUCUUGUAUUCCUCCAACUUUUGAUUAUAUUGCUCCUGCAGUUUUUUGGUUCUUUCUUCUUGAGCUUUUAGCCUUGCAUUAAAUAAAUCAGGAUUUUUAUGGUACUUUGCUGCAUAUUCUUGUUCAUCUUUUGUUUUCCAAUAAUUAUCAAGUCUAUGUUUUAUAGACUUAUUAUAAAUAUACCCAGAUAUAAUAGCCGUUACAAGGAUAUACCAGCCGUAAUCAGCCAAAAAGGAAAAAACGUCAAUAUACAUUUUUUCUUUAUUUUUUAUAAAUGCAAACUAAAAUUUUUAAGCUAUAUAUUUAAAGUUUAUAGCAUUAUUUAGAAAAAUAUUAUUAUUUGUGUCAAAACUUUUGACGUUUCAGC